ACGUGGCUCCACGCCUGCGCAGUGCGCCCAAAACUGACGAGAGACGGGGCUCGAUCCUCCGCACCGUUCAACAACCACCGGGAAUAAAACGGGAAAAACACCGAACGACAGCCGCAUCCAUCGCCCGUAAACCCGCCGAGCUCCGCCAGACAUUCAGCGGGAUAAACAGCGGGGGAGAAGGCGGGAGGAGAGCGGAGGCAGGCGGGGGUCGGUAGACCGGGAGCCUGCGUGUCUGUCCGCCUGCAGACGUUUGGAUGUAACGAGGACCGAAAGGACGACAUGACGUCCCCAAGGUGGACCCGUCCCCCUGUCCCGUCGGUCCUGGUCCAGGUCCUGGUCCUGGUCCUGUCCAGCUCAGUGUUGGCAGCCCGCUCUGACAGAAACAUGGUGUCUGAGGAGUAUGUCGGUGCCACGGUGAACGCCACGGUGCUGGACGUGCGAGGAAACGCCAUCCACCUGAUGAGCAGCGACGACGGGAAGUACGGACAGAACUCGCCAAAGAUCGACACCAGGGGCGUCGUCAUCGCACCUGCACCGCAUCACGGAGUGGUGGACCGGCAGGGCUGCGACCCCGCCACUCGUUUCCUGGUUCCUCCGCGGAGCGGCCACUGGGUGGCGCUGCUGCAGAGAGGAAACUGCACCUUCAAAGAGAAGAUCCUGAAGGCGGCCGCCUACAACGCCACGGCCGUCCUCAUCUACAACAACUCCACCGACAAGACGGUCAAGAUGGGACACGAAGGUACCGGUGACACAGUGGCGGUGAUGAUCACGGAGGCUUAUGGGAAGGAGAUCCUGGCUCACUUGGAGAGGAACCUGACAGUCCUGGUCUCUGUGGUGGUGGGUCAACGUGGUUCCACCAAAAACAUCAACCGAGGCUCUCUGGUCUUCGUCUCCAUCUCUUUCAUCGUCCUCAUGAUCAUCUCGUCGGCCUGGCUCAUCUUCUACUUCAUCCAGAAGAUCCGCUACACCAGCGCCCGUGAUCGCAGCCAGCGUCGUCUUGGUGAUGCAGCGAAGAAAGCAAUCGGCAAGUUGACCACGAGGACCGUGAAGAAAGGAGACAAGGAAACUGACCCAGAUUUUAACCACUGUGCAGUGUGCAUUGAGGCCUACCAGCUGAACGAUGUGGUUCGCAUUCUACCCUGCAAACAUGUCUUCCAUAAAGUGUGUGUGGACCCCUGGCUCAAUGAACACUGCACAUGUCCCAUGUGUAAACUCAACAUCCUCAAAGCUCUUGGCAUCAUGACCAGUCUUCCCUGUGUGGACAGCGUGGUGCUGGAUGUGGAGCGUCUGGGCAUCAGUCAGGCGUCCAGUAGCCAAAGGGCGCCACUAGGUGAUGGGAACCAGCCGUCCAUCAGCCUGGAGCCACUCAGCUCCCCCCACUCGGAGGCCACGCCCAGAACUCCUGCUGACAUCACCAUCGCCGUGACCAGUGGCGGUCACUUCUUCAACAGGAACUCAAUGUCUCCUCGCAGCAUCGUCUGUGACACGGAGCUGCCAGACAUCCAGGCCUCCCUCAACCUCUACGACGAUAACAAGUCCUGAGGCCUGUCGUCAUGGAUUCAUCCCCCCACCUCCACCUGCUGAUGGAGGACCAACCUUUUAUGGACGCUGAAAGUGUUUCUGUUGAGAGGGUUGUCUGAUAAAGAAGACCUGGAUGAACUUUUAAACAUCAUUUAUUCCAUCAGACAGUACUGGUCUAGAUCCCGGUCUCAAGUUUGGACUUUCAUGUUUUAUAUUUAUUUUCCCCAGAAGAAGAAACUGGAAAAAAAUUGUUAAAAAUACGUUAUAAAACAAAAAAGUCAGAGAACCAAACUCCACAUCCACCUCCAACCCAGGAACCAGAACCUGAACUAGUUCUUCUGGUAGAACUGGAGAUAAUGUUGUUGAGGUUCUAGAAAAGUGUUGGAGUCCCUGAAAGUGCUCUUGUGUUCCUGGAAAAGGGUUCUUGAGUUCCGGGAUAGUUCCUAAAUUCCUUAAAUGGUUCUUGGAAAGGUCCUGAGUCCUUAAAAAUGAUCCUGGAUUUCUGGAAAGGUUUCUGGAAAGGUUCCAGGGCUCCUUUGGAGAAUCCUGGAACAGUUCCUAACAAGGUCCUUGGAAAAUGGUUCCUGUGUUCCUCUAAAAGGAUUCCUAUUGGGGUUCCAUUGUUCUGAAAAUGCUCCUGAGUGCCUACAAAAGAAUUUCCAGACUCCUGGAAAAACACCUGAUGUCCUGAAGAGUUUCUUGGUUUACUGGGAAGCUUUGUGAAUUGAGGUGUUCCUGAAUUCUUCAGUGGUUUUCUGAACAGGUUCCCAGGCUUCACAAAAAGGUUCUCUGAAAGUUGUUUGGAUUCUAGCAAGACCCUGGAAGCAUUUCUGAGGUGUUCAAAAGAUUUGUGGGUUCUCAAAAACUUUUCUAGUUGCUAUGAAGGUUCCUGAAAAGGCUUCCUGUAUUCCUGGAACGAAGAUCCAAAACAUUGUACCAGAGAACAUCUUACCUGAACCUAAAUGGACCUGAAAGCAUCAGGGCCAGAACCUAAAUAGACCUGAAUGGGUCAGGACCAGAACCAGAACUAACCCGGAAAACAAAAGUUGUAACCAGCCCUGUCAUUGGUUGACUGAAGAUGACAUCAUUAACAGAUUCUUUUGUGCUCUUUUCUUUUGUGAUUCUGUCUUAAGACCUAAACCUGGAUCAGAAUUCCUUAACUGUAGAUAUAGACCAGGCUGGUUCUUUUUGUUCAACAUGAGACUGGAACCAGGACCAGAGGAAGACCUGGUCCUCUAUAGAGACUUUGAGGAAACGGUCUUGAACUUUAACAGUGUUAACUUUACUGUAGCAAAAACACGUUUCUCUGUAGAACAAAGGUAAAUUAGAUUUAUAUGAACAGUCCAGCAUCUCAGUAAACCUCCUUCUUCAGGGAGGAGUUCUUCAGGGAACCGUCCUGGGUCCUCUGCUCUUCUUUGUAAACAUCAUAGAGAUUUAAAGGGACUCUCCAUCUUGUAUAAAACAUUCUUGUUCUCUUCUCCACAGUCAGACAAGAAGACGAGUAGCGCAGAGGGAAACUGUUAGCGUAGCUCCAGCAACCUCCAGUCUGUCAGCUAACUGGCCAAUCAGUGCAUCGUGUAGUCAGCUGGUUUAGAUGAUGUAGAGUCAACACAUCUGGGGUCUUCAGGUCUGUGAGCCAAUGAGGAGAGAAACGUUCUGUACUGCCACAAACUGUAAAGCAGAACAACAAGUAGGUUCACUGUCAUUGUGUUUCACCCCUUUCUGUUCAAAAGUUUCCUCCAGACGGAGCUUCGGAAACAGAAACUCGUCCAGAUACGCCCGACCUGCUGCUGUGAGAACACAAGCUCAUUGGCUGAUGGAGAUAAACAGCUGGUGGAGUCGCUGCCAGUAAACCACCAAAGCAGAAGAAGAGGACGCAGUGAGGCAACGUAAUUAAAGAGCUGCAGUCAAAGCUCAAACAUGACGACAGUGUUAGUGUUGUGUUCAUGUGAGGAAGGUCGCAGCCUCUUCAUCGUCACUGCUUCGUGUACGGCAGCGUUUCUUCAUCACGUCCGUUUCUGUUCGUCUACAAACUGGUUUCAUGCCUCAGACAGAAACAGGAAACUCUUUUAACUGAGAUUUAUUUCUGUAGAGACCGGAAUAAAAACGGGAGUAUGGAAACGCA